GUUACUUCGGAUCAGCUGACGGGAUUGGUCGUGUGUCCCCUUGUUCGUUCGUUCGUUCUUUCAACACUGUUCAUUCAGCAUUGGCCAGUCAGUGGUGAAUGUUCUGCCAGUCGGAGGCCACCAAAUCAGGCAAGUAAGGACCAGUCCAGUUCUUGUCUGUGGAACAGUUGAUCAACUACAGGGACGGCUAGCUGUCGCGGGAUGUGAUAUGACAGUAGUCUGCUGAGACGGGACGGUGUAGUGUUUGUUGUGUCCUCUGGGAACGGGACGGCUGAAGUUUUGUGUUGCCGUGCGGUGUGUGCACGGCUCGGAAGAGAGGAAGAUAGAGAGGCAUCUCGGUCAAACUGAAGAGAUGAAGAACGAGAUUGAUUAGCGGUUCGUAGCAAUCAUCGAAGUCGUGGCCAGUCAGUUUGACCUUUUCGAGUGGUGUUUUUUUGCCUCGCAAUUCAAUUGAAGUGUUUACUGUGCGUCGGAAUUCGGGGUUCAGUGCUUCUGAGUUUGGAACCGUUUGAAGAGUGAUUUGACCCCGCGCCAAUUGAACUGGUUGCGGUUUGUGGCAAUCAACGGGCGAAUAACUCAGCGCUUUUAAGUGUUAGUGUUUACCGUAUUAGAAUAACAACAUCAAGAACAAAGUAAUAUCAACAAUAACAAGAGAAAUCACAACGAGAGCUGGAUCCAGGAAGAAGAAGCAAACAAAAUAAUCAUCGACGAUUUAUAAUACCGACACACACCGAGCCAGGAAGCGCCCACCUAAGAAGGAGGGUACGUUGGCACCGGAGACGGAGUGAAGGCAGCUCAGGCUACUCUUGUGGUCGUGUGGAUUGUAUUCAUGUAAAGCCAUUAUCUAUCUGCUUUGUCAGUGAGCAGUCGCCGGUGAGUCAGUUAUACAAAGUGGUUCGUUGUCUACGAGAUAUCAUUCCAUGGAUUUGCCACAACGGAAGACACGAGAAUCGGAACUUAUCAGACCUUAUCGACGGUUUAAUUUGCUCUGAAGCCAAUAAACUUCCUGCUUGCAGCGCCGCUCAAAUCACGCUCAGGCAGCAACCAACCAGCUCAACCAUCAUCGGCCGAUUGCUUCGAUAAAAACGCACAAGAAAAUUAAUCAUCGUAAGCAGCAUCACGUUUUAAUUCAAUUACUGCUCUACCACCUGCCUGUACCGGACGAGAUAAAGAAAAGCGCCGCCGCCCACUCAAGUCCCGGAUCUCGGAAGGAGGUGGAGCGUUUUAAUUCAUUUUUAAUCUGUUGCCUCAAGUGAUUCGUCUUCGUCGGAGGCAAUUUUAAAAAGCCGCCAUAGCGCCACGACAACCGUCCUGUGCGAGUGUAGUGUCUGGGCAUCUGUGUGUCUGUGUAUGUAGCAAAGGGCGCCUGAGAGCCUAAUGAGUUUAUCAUCACGCAAAGGCUGCAGAGACGACCGCCAAUGAAGCUCAACGAGGUGAACAGAGUUACCGGAAGUGGUGGCGUCAUAUUCAGCGACGUCAGAUGGACAGUCGAACCUUGUGGUCAGGGUGGCGGUGGGGGAGGUGGUCGUCGACGAAAAAGUGCCAAAUUUAGUAAUCGCGUGUUACGAAGAAUCGAUGAUUCGGCCGAAGAAGUGAUGGCGACGAGCUCAACAGUAGCAUUCCAGUCCUGCCCAUUGCCAACGAUGCCUUUCCCGGCGGCGUCCAGAAUGUUGACGACGCAUGCCAGCGGGAGCGGUAGCUCAACGGAACAAAGCAGCAGCAGCAGCAGUAGUCGAAGUUUACCGGCGGCGAUGUCGUUGAGUUCGGCCUCAUUUCGGUGGUGGCGUCGUGGUUCACCAGCAGUAGUGUUGUACAUAGUAGGCAUAGUGUUAAUAGGUGCAAUUUCCACGGUUUACUGUGAUGCAAUUAGUAGUGGCAGCAGUAGUAGUGUUAGUAGCAGUAGCAGUCCUAAUCAAAUUGGUGAUAACGCUGUCCGGGCGCAGCAGCCGGUCAGCGCCGUUGAACACGAUUCGUUCGCGAGUGGGAGUGUGAGGGCGAGCGACGAUCAUUACGAAGGCAGCGGACACUUUACGCAUCACUGGGCGGUGCAUAUUCCGGAAGGUGGCGUGGAGACAGCAGAGCAAGUCGCCGAUGAGCACGGCUUCAUCAAUCAUGGAAAGAUCUUCGACGGGUACUACCACUUCGAGCACCGGCACGUGCAGAAACGAUCUCUGAAUCCGUCGGGGCAUCACCAGCGGCGACUGGACGGAGACGAUCGGGUGCGGUGGGCGAAACAGCAACGAUCGAAGCGGCGCACCAAGCGGGACUUUCGAUCCCUCAAAAAUCCCUACACGAUACAGCUGAACGACCCCAAGUGGGCCGAAAUGUGGUACCUGAAUCGAGGAAAUGGCCUAGAUAUGAAUGUGAUACCAGCCUGGAAGGAUGGCGUAACGGGGAAGGGAGUUGUAGUAACGAUUUUAGACGAUGGACUGGAAUCCGACCACCCCGAUUUGGAACAUAAUUACGACCCCAAAGCGUCAUACGACGUGAACGGAAACGACGGCGAUCCGAUGCCACAUUACGACCUAACGGACUCGAACCGGCACGGGACCCGGUGCGCCGGUGAAGUCGCAGCAACGGCCAACAAUUCCAAGUGCGCGGUCGGCAUUGCCUAUGGUGCCCGCGUGGGCGGCGUUAGGAUGCUGGACGGGGACGUAACGGACGUGGUGGAGGCCAAAUCGCUCGGUCUGAACUCGCAACAUAUCGAUAUUUACAGUGCCUCGUGGGGACCGGACGAUGAUGGAAAAACCGUCGACGGUCCGGGCGAUAUGGCCACGCGAGCCUUCAUCGAAGGCGUCCGGAAGGGGCGUGGCGGAAAGGGUUCGAUUUUCAUUUGGGCCUCGGGAAACGGCGGCCGGGAGCACGACAAUUGCAACUGCGACGGGUACACCAACUCCAUCUGGACCCUGUCGAUAUCGAGUGCCUCUCAGGAAGGAUUGGUGCCUUGGUUCUCGGAAAUGUGCAGCUCUACACUGGCGACCACUUAUAGCAGCGGGAACACCAACGAAAAACAGGUGAUCACAACCGAUUUACAUCACUCCUGCACGUCAUCGCACACAGGAACGUCGGCGUCAGCUCCACUCGCUGCCGGUAUCGCGGCUUUGGUGCUGGAGGCAAACCCCAAUCUAACGUGGCGAGAUCUGCAGCACAUAGUGGUUCGUACGGCGAAACCGGGAAAUCUGAAAGAUUCAACAUGGUCAAAAAACGGUGUCGGUCGGCGGGUGUCGCACUCAUUUGGCUACGGCCUGAUGGACGCUUUCGCCAUGGUUAAACUGGCACGUACGUGGCAAACCGUUCCGGAGCAGCAAAUCUGCGAAAUCAACGCACCCCAUCUGGACAAACAAAUUCCACCGCGAACCAAAGUCACGCUGCAACUGGUAGUGGAACACUGCAAGGGCGUAAACUAUCUGGAGCACGUGCAAGCCAAAAUCACGCUGACUUCCCAGCGGCGGGGCGAUAUUCAAAUAUUUCUGACCUCGCCGUCCGGCACCCGGGUCACUCUGCUGACACCACGAUCCCAUGAUUUAUCUCGUUCUGGUUUCAAUCAGUGGCCUUUCAUGUCGGUGCACACAUGGGGCGAGGCACCGCACGGGACCUGGCAGCUCGAGAUACACAACGAAGGCCGUCUAUUAGCUCAAAUUACACACUGGAACCUGAUCUUCUACGGGACGGAGAUGCCGGCUCAGCCGGACGACCCCGUACGACUGGGGAAGCCCGGAUUCAGUGAUAGCAACUUUGGCGGUGAGAUCGAACACAACUCGCUGGAGUUCGAUAAUGGCAUCACCAGCGAUCAAUGGAGAAACAUGCAGCAGAUCGGCGAAAGCCACGUAGACGUCCAGCGGACGGCAUCCAGCGAUGUGACGGCCUCGAUAUGCGCCAAAUACUCCGGUGCCCUGUGCAUAGAUUGUGGCGCAACGUCAUACCCGUACAAAGGCCGCUGUUACAGUACAUGUCCGGAUUCAACCUUCCCGUCGGAUGCGGACCCGACUGAAAAUCCAAACCCCGAUGAUGCCACUGCCACAAAGGAAAGUGCCUUCAUCGAGCAGCAACCAUUACCGAAAGGUUCAUUACGACGCAGCGCUGCGGCAGCUAUCGCCUUCCAGCUGGUCGACGAUGAUUCCAACAAUGUCGAUGGCAACGCACCGAUGACACCAGCCAGGCUAUCGCCACAAGAACGUGACACUCAACCUCAUGACCAGCAGCAAAGCCGACAGUGCAUCCAGUGUCAUCCCACGUGCCUCAAGUGUGUUGGCCCGGACGAAUUUCACUGCUCCGAGUGCCAACCACUAUUUGCCUUCGUCGACGACAAUGAUGUCGAUGCGUCGCAUUCUUCUAAGCCUCUCCGGCGCCACUGCGUCUCUAUAACCGGAAACAAACGUCCAGGCGGAACAAAUAAAUCCCGGCCUAAUGCCACACUAUCCUACCAGGCUGAUAGUCAAAAGUCCGAUAAGAGCUGGCAAUCGACUGACUACCUCAUUAUGAUAACUGUCGUAGGGGCUACACUGCUGGUGGCGUUUGUGGUCAUCUAUCUACUAUGGAGGCGUUGCUUCAGGGGUGUCCUGAUAGGAGCCGGUGCAGGCGUCGGUGGCACAGGCGAUUACCAGUACGAUCGGGUGCAAACCGACGAAGCCAAUGUUGGUUCUGAACCAUCCUACGCCGAGCUGGUUCGAGACGAGAUUGAUGACAUUUUGGCCGAGAGCUCGAGCGACGAGUCGGGCAGAAAUUUUAUGGCCACCCGAAUCAUUGCACCACUGGAGCGAUAGGGGUGCAACGUGAUUAUAUGCGCCUGGAGCACUUUAUCCAGUAUUCGAAAAUGUAUCGAACCGGUAGUGAUAACAGGUGCUGUACGAAGUGUGUAGUUGAUUGUGUAUCCAAUAGUCACAGGUGAAAGUGCGAUGCAAAGGAUUGAUUGAACGCGAUUGAAUUCAAAUGAACCAGUGUUUUAAUGAAGCUUUUAAAUUAGUAGAGUAGGGUUACGAAACAAAAAUGAUCUGAUUAAAGUAGAAAUCUAUUUUUAAAAAUA